AUGACAGACAGGAGAGAAUUGAACCAGAAAAGACUGCAAAAGUCUAUAAAAUUCAAAUGUGAUGGUUCAUUCAAUACUCUAACAGCAAUGAUAUCAGAUUCAGGAAAAGUUCCGAUCGAAAAUGAAAAUUGGGAUGAUUUUUAUAUAAUUUUAAAAGAAAAGAGCGACAAUGAAAAAGACGUUUUAGUGGCAACCAUAGGGCUGAAUGGAAUUGUCAAGAAUGUUAUACUACAUGCUAUAUUAAAAGCUAAAAUUGGAGAAGUUAAUCGGGAAAUUACGCGUGACUUAAUAUUUUCAAAGAGCUUAUCAGAAUACCAUUUAGAAUUCCCUUCAGUUUAUACAGAUAUUUCAUCGAAUAUCGAAAAAAAAUCAUUCGAAUUUAAAUAUAAUUUUAGUUAUGAUCCAUUGUUCAAACCAGAUUUUAUUUCAUAUGCAGUAGUUCCGUCUGUUGUUCAAGCUGCACCAAUUUCUCAGGUUGGCAUUUUCAAAUUAAAAGGAAUUGCUAAUUACAAUGUUAGCAACUCCAUGUAUUGCUGUUUUGUUGAAAUGAUUAAUAGGUCGCCAAUUUUACGCGGUUACUUUAAAAAACAAAAACAAACUCCUUUCUUAUAUCAUCUUAGUAACGUUCUAUAUAGUAUUGCCGAUGGCGAUUGCAGCAUCAACGAUUUUGUAUCUUAUUGUCAAUUAACAUGUGAAAAAUCAAUUCAUACCUUUUCUGAUUUAUUGAUUCUUGUGGGUAAGCAGAUCAAAGAGUUUUCGGACAAGUAUUUCGGAGUCAAAGUUAACAAUGAAUCCGUUCCUUUUUUAGAUAUUCUUGUAACAAGUAAAGCAUCAAUUCAACAGCACAUUAUUAACAACUUGCCUGAUAAUGAAUCACUAUCCCCAUUCUUAUUUGUUACAAUUACUUACGGUGAAGAGCAAUCCGGCCUAGUUAAAUUUUCCCAAAAUAUUAAACUUACUUGUGGCAGGCAAACCCAAAAUUAUAUUUUACAGUCUAUUUUAGUAUAUAACAAAGAUAAAAAAUCCUACUAUUUAGCUGCAUAUGAUGAAAAUUGUAAUCAAAUAUGGCAAAUUAUUCAAGGAUGCACAAUAGAAAAGAAACAAUUCCAUGAGAUACUUAAUUAUCUUACAGAUGGAAUAACAAAUGAUGUCCCUCAGGCAUUUUUAUAUAAACAUAGUGAAUUUCUUUCAUUUGAUGAACCUCAUUUCCCCUUUCCAACAUUAGAGAAAACCAUUGGUUUAUUGUGCUAA